AUGAAGACGUCAAAUUGUUUGAAGACGAUGCUGAAGAUCAACUCCCGAACCUCGUCUGAUUCAGACGAUGGGAAGGACCUAUGUCCUUUUUGUGACGAAGAAAUGCCACCGAACCCUUCAAGUAAACUCCUGAAGAUGAAGGCUGAACUGCUGUUGUUGCCCAAUAUUACCAAAGGAAUCGGACGGCCAGGAGCCAUGAGUCUACCAUGGCUGCAAAGGGCGUCCUUCUGUGGACUACACGAUGCCGAACGUGAAGUAAUACCUCAUGGGCUUACUCAAGGUUGGCCAACUUCAAUUGACUUCAAAAAACUUGAAAGGGUCUCAUUCAAACUUGCUUUUGAAGAUCAUCCAGCGUAA